AGAAGUGUUUGGCCAUGGUAUCUCCAUGAGGUGCAGUUUGUGCAAAAUUCGUUUUCAGAGCAUCGAAAUUAUUAUUGUCUCUUAUUGUCAGAAUUCUUUGUGUAAUUGCUGCUCAACUGUGAUUUAACAAAUCAAUAUGCCGAAAAAUAAGGGAAAGGGAGGUAAAAACAGGAGAAGGGGUAAGAACGAAAACGAGACAGAGAAGAGAGAGUUGGUAUUCAAAGAAGAUGGACAAGAAUAUGCACAAGUAACAAAGAUGCUUGGUAAUGGAAGAUUAGAGGCAACGUGCUUUGAUGGUGUCAAGCGAUUGUGCCACAUCCGAGGGAAAUUACGAAAGAAAGUAUGGAUUAAUCAGGGUGACAUUAUAUUAAUUGGUUUGCGAGAUUAUCAGAAUGCGAAAGCUGAUGUUAUAUUAAAAUAUACAUCAGACGAAGCUCGUAACUUGAAAACGUAUGGUGAAUUUCCUGAAACUGUACGCAUCAAUGAUACCGUCACCUUUGUCGAGGACGGUUUCGAUGAAGAUAUUGAAUUUGGUGAUGAAAUUAGUGACGAUGAUGAAGAUGAUGUUGACAAUAUCUGAUGACCUUCAGUAUAAUAAUACUUAAAAGGUAUGGAUACAAAAAGUACAUGGAAACACCUAUUUGUUUUACAACCUGCUAUCAUUUGUCAGGCAAUUAAACUAUUGCAUUGUUUUGGAAGAAUAGCCAAUUUUCUGUAUCUAAAUAAAUUUUCGAAUUGUGUGCAUAAUAUUGUAUUCCAGUCCAAUAUUACUGGACGUUGAAUUUCCAGGAUUUGUAAAUUUUAUUAGACUACUAGUAGUCACUAUACAGUCUGUUAUUUACUGUCAUGUGAUUUCAACUUAAAAAUUUCAUUUUUCGCAUCGAUAUUCUUCUUCACAAAAUGUAUUUAAAAAAAUUAAUUAGGUUCUCAAUUAAACUGAGUUUCUUUUAAAACGAAAUUUUUACCGCUAAAUUCCAUCGCAUAUAAAUAGCUACACUAUUCAUAGUAUUACUGUAAUGUCUUCAUAAGCAACUUUAUUUUGUAUAUUUUUUGUUUUAUAUCAAAUUAUUAUUGGUACGAUUUUAAAUGGGGAAAAUAGUGAGCACUAUGCAUCGCUGUAAUUCAGUAUCUAUUAAGGCAAUUCAUUAAAUCAUCUGUUGUAUUGUAUAAGUGCAACUACACGAACGUUGUUUUUGUAAUUGUAUUUUAUAGACAGCUGAGUGUAACUUUAAGACCAGAUUUAUUAGUUAUGGGUAUAUAAAAGCAAUAUAUAACUACCAAUACGAAUAUAAUAAAAUUCCAUUUAGAAAUAUUUAUAAAGAAAACGAAAUUGCAAUUCUUCUAUUAGAGGAUGUAUAAGUUCCAUAGUUAAUUUGGUGUGCUCGAGAUUUUAAUUAUAUUAUAUCUUUCGUUGUCAACAAAAACUCAUCAUAAAUACUGCCUUUUUUAUUUCGAUAGGUCAAAUUUGAAAUAUUCAUUGGAAUAUAUAGAUUAUAACUGGUUUUUGUAUAAAACAAUGAUUCCGUGAAUGUGUACUAAAGAAAAUUAAUGUCAACUGUUAACAAUAAAUAAAAAUCUGUAAACUAA